AUGGCUGCAACUCUCAUCGCCACGCCGGGGAGUGAAGAGGAGGCGCAGCGUUCGGAGGGCAUUGGCAAGGCAGCUCAGGGAUUGAUCGACGUGGAGAGUUCUCAGACAAUAUUCAAGCUGGAAACCAGCUCAGUGUACGGGAGCGCCUUCGCGUUCCCGCAGAUUGCCAGAAGCUCUGGCUACCGGAGCGUGUUUGUCAGCUUAUGGAUACGCGCGUACAUGGCGUUGGGGCUGAACUACCUGGUGCAGUUUGCACUGGUGAUGUUUGUGGGUGAAGCCACCCAGAUCAUGAACCCUCUGGGCGGACAGAUGCACCUUUGCGACUUCGGUGCAGAUUUAGAUGUUUGCGAGGGCCCAGAGGCACCGUUCCUGCCACGGUGCACCGGUCCUGGGGGAACCCAGUUCUCACCUUCACGGCUCUACGGCUACACGCAGUGGGCCGUGCAGAAGUUCGCCAAACAGGCACUCCUGGAUGUGCUGCCAGACCAGGAAGACCUCAUCAAUGAGAAGGUUGAUCCUGGAGAAUAUGGGCUGGAAAACCGCAGCUGCCGUUGGCUGUGCUUGCUUCUGUUCGCACUGUCAGUGAACCACGAGAUCCAAGUUUGCUUUCGCAUGAUUGCCAUGUUCUGGUACCUACCAAGUGAUCCUGGCAAGUGUGACUGGAUCGAGGUCGACAAGCAGCAACAGGUUAGCUACCGUAUUGCAGGCAUGCCCAUCCAUUGGAAGCUCAUCACCGGCCUCACAGUUUUGAUCCCCAAGGUGACGCUAUGUUACUUUGUUCUCUUGGAGGGCACGACCCUUCUGAUGGAUACCUCGGGCAUCUUGGACACGGUCCUGGGCGCCAUGUCUAUGGCUUUCAUCUUGAAUGUCGACGAGAUGCUGCACGAUUGCAUGAUCACCCUAGCUGGCCGGAAUGUCAUCGAUCAGAUCCAGCAGGGACUCCCGGAUGAACCUGAUCCGCCAGGUACUGCAGAAGAUGCUGAAGCUGGUGCAACGUAUCAUGCCAAAGGCCCCAAGUUCUUCGAUCUCUUGAGGCAGGUGGUCCCACUGCGCCUCCUGUUGACCCUCGUUGUUAUGGCCGUCUUCGUCGAUAGGUAUUACCAGUUCAAGUGCGUCUACAAGGAGGAACUGGGCAUGUGGGUCUCAAAAGACAUGUACCUCCCGACCAGAGCUUCCUACUCGCUCACAGAUUUCUUGUUCAACGGCAUCUUCCAGACCGUGGAGAGAAGCUCUGAGCCCUUCUGGACAAUGCCCACGCCGUCCCUUCUCAAGUAA